CUUCUCUCCCCAGGACCGGCGGAGUCCAGCGGCAGCCCCAGCGUCCCGCCGGGCAGCGAGGAGGCGUUCGUGGCCCUGCCCGCCUGCCUGCCCGACCGGCCCGACGCCUGCGGCUCCCCCCGACCGGAGCCCGGCACACCCCCGCUGCCGCCCGGCGCGCCCCUCUUCGUCCCGCUGCACUCCGACUGGAAGGCGGCGCUGGCCGCGUGGGGGCCGGCCUGGGAAGCCCAGCUGUACGGGGCCGGCGCCCUCUUCGCCCUGCUGGCAGCGCUGGCCCUGCUGGCCCUGCUGGCGCUGCCCUGCCGCCGCCGCCUGGCCGCCCCCGAGGCCCGCCUGCUGGCCCUGCUCCACCUGCUGCUGCUGGGGGCCGGGAGUGCCCGGGCCGGGCUGCUCUUCGGCCAGGCCGACGGGCGGCGGCGGGAGCGGCUCCCCGCGCUGGCCGUGCGGCUGCUGCGCGACCUGCCGCUGCCCUGCCUGACCUCGGCCCUGGCUGCCGCCCUGCUGCUGCUCUCGCGGCGCCCGCGGGCCAAGCUCUCGGCGCGCCCCGGCCUCCGCCCGCCCUGCCUGCUGGCCCUGCUGCUGCUGGGCCACUUCUCGGCCGCGGCCGGGGCCGUGCUGGCCGCCGCGCGGCUGCCGGUGCUGCUGCUGGCCUCGCGGGGGCUCUUCGCCCUCCUGGCCGCGCUGCUCUCGGCCGCCCUGCUGGGCUGCUCCUGCCUGGCGCGGGGGGAGCCGGCCCAGAUCUACGACCUUCGGAGCGCCCCGCCGCCGCCCCCCGGCCAGGGCGCCUUCGCCAGCAGCCGCCGGUGGAGCCGCGCCGCCCGCGCCGCCCUCUCCGCCGCCGCCUUCGGGCUGCUGAGCGCCGGCCUGCACGCCUACUCGGUGCUGCAGGCGCUGGGCUACGGGCUGAGCCCGGCGCUCUUCGGGCCCUGGCCCUGGUGGGCGCUGCAGCUCUCGUGCCGGCUGUGCGAGGCGGGCGUGGGGCUGCCCCUGGCCGCCUUCGGCCUCCACCUCACCUGCGGCUGCUCUGCCGCCGGCUGCUGCCGCCGCCUCGCCCCCCGCCCGGCCAAGCCCCCGCCGCUGCCCAGCAGCCUCCACUGGGCGCUGUCCCAGCAGGAGAAGCUGGCCGCGCUCGACCUGGGGGUCCGCAGCCAGUCCGACUACCUCCCGCUGUGCGCCGUGCCCCCGGAGGGGCCCCUCGAGGCCCGCCCCGCCUGGUCGGUGCUCAGCCUGGCCGCGGAGGCAGCCGAUCCCACCGCCGACUUCCAGCCGCCCUCGCCCAUCGACCUGCGCCGCAGCAUCGACGAGGCGCUGUCCAGCGAGGGGCUCCUCCGGGGCAGCGGCGCCUUCUCCGCCUCCAGCAUCCUUUCGCUGGACUCGGGCCCCGAGCGCCCUCCGCCCCGCGCGGCUUCCUGCCUGGAGCUGGAGCUGGACGACGGCGCGGCCGCUCCGCCUCCCCGCGGGGCCGCCACCCGGCCCUCCUCCCCCGCCAGCCCCAGCAGGAGCACCGCGGGGCCGCCUUCCCCGAGCCGCGGCAGCCUGCGCCCGUCUUCUCCGGCUCCCGGAGGCCCGCGCGGGCCCCCUCCCGAGCACUCCCGGGCGUCCCUGGUCUCGGAGGGGCAACCCGGGGGGGACGCGGCCCUCACGCGGGGGGAGUCGGCGGAGGUUAGCCGGCAGGCGGAUGCUGUCAGUGUUGGCAGCGACACCAUCGAUUUAUAACCCCCUGGACCCUCCCCAGGAGGGACCCCCGCCCCGAGCCUCGGAUCUGGGCUGGCUGUGCGGUCGCCGGCGCGACGGGAGCGCUCCCGGCCCGGUGGCCCCUCCCUCGCAGGCGGCCGUGCAGGGGCUUCCCUCCUUGGGAAAGGACGGGGACAGGCGGGCCAGCGGAAGGCGCGCCCGGCUUCUUCCCACGUCGCUUUGGCUCCGCGCAAAGCGUCGAAUCCUUGCCAGCAAAGGGGCCGCUUUCGGAGGCCCGCCAAGCGCCCCACGACUGACCGAGCUGCUCGCUGUGCAAACACGGCUGCCGGGUCUUCAGCGGACCCGGUUAAACGUGCCGUGGGAACAGAGGCGAUGGGUCGGAGUUCUGCCCUUGCACAGCCACCCGCUCCUUUCCUGCCAGCGUAAAGGGCUGCCCCUCCCCCGUCUCCUCCUUGCUGGGGACCCGGCCUAGGUGGCACUGAAAUGAACCCCCCCCCUUUCCCGACCUUCAAAACCAGCAAAAAGAGCGGGCGGCUCUGUUUUUUUUGGGGGGGGGGCAGGAAUCCACAUCCUUCUUCCCCAGAAGAGCGCAGA